AUGGGCAUCGUCAAGGCCGUUGUCCAGAAUACAAAGAGAGGCGACCCCGAUCAGUCAUUCACGAACGACAUCCAAUUCUGGGGCUUCCUCCAGGUGAACGUCGGUAUCAUAGCCGCAUGUGCGCCAUCGCUCAAGCCCCUCGUCGGUGGCAUUCUUCGCCUCCCCUCGACACAGUAUUCCAACAGCCGAAGUAACUUCGCCUCGGGAUCGAACGGCCAGUCCAGCAAAAGUAGAUUGCAAAGCAGGAUACGCGUUAGCACUCGGAUUGAGAGCAAAGGGUGGAUAAGGACAGAUAGCGAUAUCGAGCUGGAUGAACGAGAGUCCUUUGGCAGCCAGGCGCACAUAACGAGCAACAAGGAUGGAGUUCGUCAAUGA